AUGGCAUCUGGCGGCGUAUCCCCCUUCCCUUCGUCUCGGACGGCCACUCCGUCGAGUCUCAACGCCGAUGGAUCGGCCAAGCGGACCAAGAUCUGCGUCUACUGCGGCGCCUCGCCCGGCAACGGCCCCGCACAUCUAGAGGCUGCCCGCGAGCUUGCCCGGCUCAUGGCUGCCAACGACAUUGAACUCGUCUACGGAGGAGGCACAGUCGGCCUCAUGGGCGAGGUAGCCAAGACGCUAGUGGCGCUCAAGGGCCCGGAUUCGGUGCACGGCAUCAUCCCGGAGGCGCUGGUGCGGUACGAGCGGAACCCGACGUACACGUCGACGUCGACGUCGACUCAGGCCAAGGCGGGCGGCGGCGGGGAGCUGGCGGUGCCGGCGGAGAGCGUGUUUGGGCGGACGACGGUCGUCAAGGACAUGCACACGCGCAAGCAGAUGAUGGCGCAGGAGGUCAUAGCCGGCGGGCCCGGCAGUGGCUUCAUCGCGCUCAGCGGCGGCUACGGCACCAUCGAGGAGCUGUUCGAGACGGCCACGUGGAACCAGCUCGGCAUCCACAGCAAGGGCAUCUGCGUGCUCAACAUCAACGGCUUCUGGGACGGCAUCCUGGCCUGGAUCCGCAAGAGCGUCGACGAGGGCUUCAUCCACGGCGGCAACGCCAACAUCCUGGUCGAGGCCACCACCGCCCAGGACGCCAUCACCGCCCUGAGGGAAUACAAAGUCUCAGACGCCGUUUUCAAGCUGUCUUGGGGUAACGAGUAA